CCCCCAGGCUGGUCGCUGGUGACUCGGCCAUGCCCAACAAGGCUGGUUUCUCUGCCGGGGUCAGAGGAGGCCAUAAAUCCAGCCCCCUGUCCCCCAGCCGCCUGGCCCUGUCCCUGUGUCCCUAGCAUUGUCUCUAAGUCCCCAGCCCUCCCCCUCUGGGAACUCCAGUGGCGGGAAGGGAGCGUGUGCCAAGUGGUCAGCUCCUGUCCGGGGGAGUGGAGGGUCCCCAGGCCCAUCCUUGGCCCUGUCCUCUGCUUGUCCAGCCUCUCAGCCGCAUCCUCAUCUCUGUGUUCCCUUCCCCUGGGCUCCCCCACCUUCAGCCUGGCCUCCGUGCUGUUCCUGGGAUGUGCCAGGCCUGCUCCUGCCCCAGGCCCUUUGCUCCAGCUGUCUGUUUUCUUGUCUGGAAUGUCCUUCCCUAGAUGUCUGCGGUGUUCCCUCUGCCCACUCACUUUCUCCGUGAGGCCACAGCCCUGCGCCUCCCGAUUCCUGCACCAGCUCUGUUUUUCCUGGAGCCUCGUCCCUUCCAACAGGCCUUGAGCAGCAUCGGGUCCUCCCCGCUCCAGAACGCCAGCCCCGUGAGGGCAGCGACCCAGCACCACGGACGGGCCUGGCUCAUGGCAGGGGGUGGAUGCUCUGCAUGAAAGGAUAGGGAACUCUCAGCUCAGAGAGGGGCAGUCUGAGCCCCAGGGAUGCACAGCUCAGGAGGUGGGCAAGGUCCCAAGUCUGGGCGUUCCGACGGCACGCUGGAGCGCUUCACUGUCCCAUCUACCUCCUGGAAGCAGAAUCUCUCCACAGAGACCUCCCUGCAGCAUCCUCUGUUCCCAGCAGACAGAAUCCUGGAGUCCUGCAAUUCCAGGAUUCAAUUAGCCCGGCCGCCAGCCCCUUGCUUGUCUCCCCACGGCCCCUCUCCUGCCUAGCUUCUACUUGCAUGCAUCCAGCGAUGGGAAGCUCACCACCUGGGCGGUGCAGCUGGGGAGAAGGUGCCUCUUUGCACAGGUAUGCUCCCAGUUCUGGGUUCCAGCUCAGAUGGCAGGGAAGCUCAUCUUGGAUGGACCUUGCCAGGGGCUCCUGUCUUGUGGUACAUGGGUGACCGCUCCCUGGCUGGGCCGUGGAUGAGUGGCUAUCAGCAAGGAUUCAGGCCUUAUAGGUCCUGAGCAUCCCCUGAAAUUGGCCCAUCUCUCGUCACCCUUCCUUCCACAGCCGGGCCCUGGGCCUCUGUCGCUCUCUGAACCUCACGACAAUCACGUGAGGCAGGAAGGACUGGAAAUGGCUCCAUUUGACAGUUGAGAAAACUGAGUCUUAGGACGAAAGGUCUGGAGCCUCCUGUGGGGAGGCAGAGCCUGUCUUCUGACCCCACGGCCUCUCCCUAGGUCAUGUGGCAAACGAGGGCGACAGCCCAGUCUCAGCGUCUCUCGCUGAGGGACCUCACGGGGCGAGGCAGCUUCCCGAGCCCCCGCGUACUUACUGAGUGUGAGGCGCGUGCGGCCCAGGCCCAGGCCCUACUCCCACUCCCACCCCCGCAGGGCUCUCGGCUCCCAGGGGCCACAGGGCUGACUAGGGGGCCGCCUACCCAGACUCCUGCCCCGUACCAGCCUGGCUGGGGGCAGCCGCAAAGGUGGAAGCCGUCCAUAGGAGGCCCAGGCGGCGCUGGGGCUGAGCGGACCGCUGUGCAAAGGCGGGGGUGAGGGUGUCAGCUGGGCAGGGCCCCCAGGAAGACGGGCAGUAGCGAUGGAGGCCGAAGCUCGGAGCGUGUAGUUGGUCAAGGGGUUCAGUGAGGAAAGCCAGCUGCGGGAAGGCUUGGGGGCCUCGAGAGCCUGUGGCCCACGUGGGAGAUGCCCCGUCCGCCUCAGUUUCCUCACCUGUCGCAGGGACUGCGGAGGGGAAAACUCCCCCCCGUCCCCCAAAGGUGGGAGCGGGUGUCGGGGCCCGAGAGGAGGAGGGGGGAGCAGGGGCUGGGGAGCCUCUGUCUGCAGCGUGUAGGCGGGAGCCGGAUUCCGGAACUCCCCAGGGAGACUGAGGAAGCUCCAGCUCGGCUGCCAUUGGCUGUGCUGCCGGGGGCGGGGCCGUCCCCACCCUGCACUUCCUGCCCCGCGCUCCUCCCGGAGGCCCUCGGCGGACAGGUCGUGGGGGUCAGCACCUCUUGCCGUCCGGGAGACGUCUCAGCCCGGAGAGGACCAGAGGCUUGCAGGCGAAAACCGGGACCGUCCGGGGGACGCAUGAGUGAACGAAGGUCCCAGCGGGGUGCAGGGCAGAGGGACACCCUGGAGGAGGAGCGGGGCGCGGGCAUGGGCUGCACCUGGGGGCAAACUCCAGCUUCAGUAGCCUCUCCCCACCCCCCGCCAAGUCCAGCCUUGGGGUGGAGGUGGCAGAGCCAGCAGCCCUCACCGCAGCCCCCCUGGACGCUGGCGCUCACAGAGGAUGUCAUAGGCCCCGGUGGGGGGCACGGGGGCACAUGGGUCUUCUGCCGUGUGGGCGCCCGCAGCCUGGAGCAGUGCUGGUCGGCGAGCCAGAGCGGGCCCGGCCGCCUGGGAACCCGCCCAGCUUCACGCCGGCAGGGGCCCAAGACCCCCACCCGCCAGCUCUGCUUUCCUCCAUCCCCCCAACCCCGGGCCAAGCCCCCAGCCCAGGCCACCCAGCGGCUCCUCGACACCAACCAAAACUGGGGUGCCCUGGUUGAGAGGGUCCGCCUUCUCUGGCCUCAGUCUCCUGACUUGCAGCACGUACGUAAAAGCAGCCACUGUGCGGGGCCCAGAGGAACCCCACAAGGGCUCAGGCAGAGGGGGUCUCCUUGGAGAGCCAGGCAGAACAGGGGAGGCCACGGUCUCUGGAGUGAGGCGGAUUUGGGGUCACACUGCUGCUCACAGCUUAAAAACAUUCCCUGAGCGUAACCUCUGGGCUGGGCCCAGCGAUUCCGCAGUGACCAAGACAAGACCAGGCUCUGAAGUUCGCAGUGUGGCAGGGCCGGCCUGACAAUGACCAUGGUGACGGUGGCAAUAGCAACAUGGGCCUGUUACUGCCCUCCCCGUGUGCCAGGCCUUGUGGUCAGCUCACGGGAUCCUCACAACACCCUUUGAAGCGGGCUUCCUCAUUGCUCCCACUUUACAAGCUGAAGAAACUGGGGCACAGAGAAGUUGAGGGGCUCGCCUGAGGCCUCCCAGCUAAUAAUUAGCAGAGCGAAGACUCAAAGCCCAGCAGCGUGACUCCAAGAGACAGGUCCCUGGGAGCAAUACAGAUGUGCAGGAUCCUUACCCCAUGUUACACUUGGGAGGCUGAGACCGGAGCAGGGUGUCUCCAGGGGGGCCCCGUGGAGCUCCCAGCUCUGCUGCUACAGGGCCAGCGCCCAGGGCCAAGGAAGCCACGCUCGGCAUGGGUGCCCACAGACCCAGCUUCAGUCCCGGCUGGGCGAGCUCAGAGCCAAGCGUCCACUUGUUGUAAAAGGCACAUUGGAAGAUCAGCUGAGCCUGUGUCUCGGCGCGGUGAUUACAGGUGGCAGCCUCCUUCCUCCGGUGGGGCAAUCGCAGGCGGCAAGCUCUGGGCCUCACUGGCCCAGGGCCUGGUGGCCACUCACCCAGCGCUCAUGCCCAGACCUGAGGCUGAAAGAGAAACGUCCUGCUAGGGGGAGGCCCAGCAGAGCGCCGGCCGUUAAGGGGUUGUCGGCCCAUCUGCAUGUGCCUCUCUGUCCUUAUGUGGGGCAGGUGCCUGGGGCGCCCAGAACCAGCCGGGGGCACAGAGGCAAGGAGGCGCCUGUCUGUCCACCCAUCCUGUGUGGAGGUGGGGACUGCAGACCACAUUCCCGGUGGGCAGGCCUGGCACUGCCCAUUCUCCAAGCCACCAUCCCCGCUUCCAUCAGCUAGGCUCUCUGUCCCUACUGACUCACACAUGUCCAAGGGUGCCCUCCAUGGCCCCGAGGCUGCCGUGAAGAAGUGCAGGGGCACUGGCGUGGCCGUGAGGGAAGAUGCAGCCUCCCAGAUCCUUGGCAUUUAAGGGUAUACUGGGUUGAAUGGUAGCCCCUCAAAAAGAUAGGUCCAACUCCUAACCCGCGGAACCUGUGAAGGCGACCUUAUUUGGAGAAAGGGUCUUUGCGGAUGUAAUGAAGUGAAGGACAUUGGGACGAGGUCAUCCUGGAUUUAGUGGGUCCUAAAUCCAAUGACAAGCAUGGAGCAGUGCAGCCGCAAGCCGCGAAGCGCCAAGGACCGUGAACAUUCCCCGCACCUGGAGAGAGGCCUGAGCAGAGCCCCCGCUGAGCCUCCAGAGGGAACCAACCCUGCCACACCUUGACCUCCGACUUCUGGCCUCCAGAACUGGGAGACAAUAAGUACUUGUUGUUUUAAGCCAA